GUCCUUUGCCCUCCCGGUCCCCAAGCAGGAAGCUGCAAUCUGCUGUGUGAGUGAGAUCUGCGAGGCUAAAGCGCAUCCUCUCUCCCAGAGGAGAGCACGGGACUGGGGGCUGCAAUCCCUGGCUACGUUUUCUCGCAGGUACCAUUGGCAUUUUAUGGUGUGGUUGUGCUGUCCAAAGACCUAGCAGGGCUUUAGGGCAAAGGACUGAUGGAACUCAACAGGGAUGUCAUGCAGGAGAACUACCGGAAUCUCUUCUCACUAGGUUUUCCAAUUCCUAAAUGUGACAUGGCCUCCCAAAUGGAAGAAGGCAAAGAACUGUCUGACCGAGGUCACCAGGCUUUCAAGGAUACCGAGCUCUUGAAAUACACCCACACAGGAGAUCACAGUGGAAAGGAGGAGAUUCCUCAGCAGGAAGAUUCUGCAAGCAUGGAACUGCAGCGGGUGUUUUCAGUGAGAUCUGGAGGAGACAUAUCCCAGGAUCCUGACCUGGGAAAAGCCCAAGUGAGUCAGCACAACUCAGCAAUGCCACAACGAGAGGACCCUUCAGAGAGGAAACCAACUGAAUCGACUCACAGUGAACAAGACCUUCAGGAGCAACAAGAGGACAUCAUCCCCCGACGAACACCCCGAUCAGAGAGACCAACCAUAUGUUCUGAAUGCGGGAAGGGCUUCAGUCGAAGCAUACACCUGAUCCAGCAUCAGAGAAUGCACACGGGGGAGAGACCCUUCAAAUGCACAGAGUGCGGGAAAGGCUUCAGCCAGAGCUCGCACCUUAUUCAGCACCGGAGAAUCCACACGGGCCAGAAGCCCUACACAUGUCAUGAGUGUGGGAAGAGCUUCAGCCAGAGCUCCAACCUUGUUAAACACCAGAGGAUCCACACAGGACACAAGCCCUAUGUAUGCACUGAGUGUGGGAAGAUCUUCAGUGAUAGCUCCACAUGUAUAAAACACCAGAGAAUGCACACAGGAGAGAAGCCGUACAAAUGUCCCGAGUGUGGCAAAAAUUUUAGCCAGCGCUCACACCUCAUCCAGCACCAGAGGAUCCACAACGGCGUCAAGCCCUACACGUGCAUGGAGUGUGGGAAGAGCUUUGGCCAGAGCUCUGAUCUGAUCAACCACAGCAGGACCCACACCGGGGAGAAACCCUACAAAUGCACUGAGUGUGGGAAGUGCUUCAGUGGGAACUCCAAUCUGAUCAAACACCAGAGGAUCCACACAGGAGAGAAUCCCUACCAUUGUGCUCAGUGUGGGAAGUGCUUCCGUUUCCAGCCGCAGCUUGUGCGGCACCAGAAACACCACGCGCAGUAGGGACCACCAUUCCGGGGAAGAGGGGGAAUACGGCCCUCCUGUAGGGAGAAAGCUAGCUGAGCAUUGCGGUGUGAUGUGGGGGAGGGAGCGUGUCCUUAGUGUGAUGAUGGUUUGAGCCAUUGUUUGGGAAUGGGUAUGAAGCACCACAAUAGGAGGAAACUGGGAAGAGUUAAGUAUUCAGGGGAAUCAUGGCCUUUUAUUUUUAGUAGUGAUAAGGGCAAAACAUGGAUAAAAUCAUAACACUUUCUCAAUACAUUGAUCAGGUUUUGGCCUCCUGGCAGACUUCGCCCUGGCCUUGUGGCUCCCUUCAGAACCUAAGCUCCUGAUUCCCACUUUCUGGUACUUUUUUAUAGAUAUUAGUUCCUAUCGAUUAUAUUUAUUUAACCCCACUCCCCAACCCCACAUUGUGAUAGUACUUGGGCCAUAUCCUUGGAACUGUAUUUGCUGAAUAAAUGGUAGUGAAAUUAAUGUGUCUGUGACAAAUACGCUGCUAUUUAAUUGAGCAAGUCAAUUAACAUCCUAAUAGACAUUUCUCUCAGAAAGAUGCUUGCUCAAGUGCCCUUGUGGAUGGCACUUUAUGAAGAUUAUAAAGGUGUAAUCAGCAUGUAGGAUGAAUUUGUUUUAACUGUGAUCUGCUAAUUGACAGUUGGUGAACUGGAGGAGGAUGACAUGCAUUGAAAAAAAAUGUAGCUGUUUGUCUAACUUUAAUUUUAAACUAAAUGUGUUCUUAAAUUUGAAUAUGAAUUUUAAUUUCAUAAUUCUGUUUUUUUUUCCCCUUGAAUAAAUCUUCUU